UCAUACCACUGAACCAACCUUCAAGAACAGAGAAGAAGCGAUUUCCAUCAAUAAAUAAAUAAAAAGUCUCUCUUCAUUUUUUUCAUUGAACUCAUCAUUGCAACACAAACAUAAGCUUUGUUUGUGUCUGCUUUCAGACAAAAAGAAAGAAUGAUACCAAGUUACGACCCAAAUGAUACAGAAGCUGGUCUCAAGCUUCUAGAGGAUAUAACCACAAAUGCUGACGCAAUUCAAGAACAAGUUCUCCACCAAAUACUCUCUCAAAACUCUGGAACUCAAUAUCUCCAAGCAUUUCUUGAUGGAGAAUCCGACAAGAAUCAACAAAGUUUCAAGAACAAAGUCCCUGUGGUAAAUUACGACGACAUAAAGCCUUUCAUUCAACGAAUCGCAGAUGGAGAAUCCUCUGAUAUCGUCUCCUCUCAACCCAUUACAGAGCUCCUCACUAGCUCGGGGACUUCUGCAGGAAAGCCGAAGUUGAUGCCUUCCACAGCUGAGGAACUUGAAAGGAAGACAUUUUUCUACAGCAUGCUUGUGCCUGUCAUGAACAAAUAUGUAAAUGGCUUAGAUGAAGGUAAAGGAAUGUAUCUUCUAUUCAUAAAACCAGAGAUCAAGACUCCUUCAGGUCUUAUGGCUCGUCCUGUGUUGACUAGUUACUAUAAAAGUCAACAUUUCAGAAACAGACCAUUCAACAAGUAUAACGUCUAUACUAGCCCUGACCAGACGAUUCUCUGUCAAGACAGCAAGCAGAGCAUGUACUGUCAGCUUCUUUGCGGUUUAGUCCAACGAGCUCAUGUCCUAAGAGUUGGAGCCGUCUUUGCCUCUGCCUUUCUUCGAGCGGUCAAGUUCUUGGAAGAUCAUUACAAGGAGCUUUGCGCAGACAUUAGAACCGGUACAGUAACUAACUGGAUCACUGAACCAGCAUGCAGAGACUCGGUUUUGUCGAUCCUUCAAAGACCUAAUCAAGAAUUGGCUGAUGAAAUUGAGUCUGAGUGUGCUGAGAAGUCGUGGGAAGGAAUCUUGAGGAGACUAUGGCCUAAGGCCAAGUAUGUUGAGGUGAUUGUCACGGGUUCAAUGGCUCAGUACAUUCCAACACUCGAAUUUUAUAGCGGUGGUUUACCGUUGGUUUCAACCAUGUAUGCUUCCUCUGAGUGUUACUUUGGUAUCAACCUUAACCCGUUGUGUGAUCCUUCGGAUGUUUCGUAUACGCUUCUACCUAACAUGGCCUACUUCGAGUUCUUGCCCGUCGAUGACAAAUCUCACGAAGAGAUUCACUUUGCAUCGCAUUCUAACACCGACGAUGAUGAUACCCUCAAGGAAGAUCUUAUUGUCGAUCUUGUUAAUGUUGAAGUUGACCGAUACUACGAAAUUGUCAUUACUACGUUCACAGGUUUAUACAGAUACAGAGUAGGAGAUAUUCUAAAAGUGACAGGUUUCUACAACAAAGCACCUCAGUUCCGUUUUGUGCAGCGAAGAAACGUUGUAUUAAGCAUCGAUACCGACAAAACUAGCGAGGAAGAUCUACUAAACGCAGUGACACAAGCUAAACUCAACCAUCUUCAAAAACCUUCAAGCCUCUUGCUCACGGAGUACACUAGCUAUGCGGAUACGUCCUCGAUCCCAGGGCAUUACGUGCUCUUCUGGGAGCUAAAGCCACGUCACAAUAACGAGCCACCAGAGCUAGAGGACAAGACAAUGGAGUUAUGUUGCUCUGAGGUUGAGGAUUGUUUGGAUUACGUGUACAGGAGAUGCAGGAACAAAGAUAAAUCGAUAGGGCCAUUGGAGAUAAGGGUUGUAAGUUUGGGGACUUUUGAUUUGUUGAUGGAUUUUUGUGUCUCACAAGGAUCUUCCGUAAAUCAGUACAAGACUCCAAGAUGUGUUAAAUCUGGAGGAGCCCUUGAGAUUCUUGACUCCAGAGUUAUUGGGAGGUUCUUCAGUCAAAGAGUUCCUCGGUGGGAACCACUUGGUUUAGAUUCUUAGCUUUUUUCAACUUUUUUUUUUAAUAUACAACUAAAGUCUUGAUUUUAAGAUUUUAAGUAAGAUCUCGUUUAUUAAGUUCCUAGUUGGUGUUUAUUUAAUUAAACGCUGAUGCUCUUUUGUCUCUUUUGUAACAAACUUUCUGCAAAGUCCUCUCAUUUUAUGAAUGGUGUCUCUCUUUUCUAAUGA